GGAGCAGCUCUUUUAACUUUUUGAGCGUGGAGCAGCUCACAAGACGCGAGAAACAAGUCAAGCGACACAUCGGACGUGCGAGGUGUCCCCAUAGCACAAGCUUGUGUGAGAGGGAAUUAUAUCAGCGUUUCUCUGGAUGGCAAGGAAGAUGGGCAAAGAGGAGGCGUGGCAAUCAAACCAAUUUCCAUUGGAGACCGCCACAACUGCACAUCGGAGGUCGCAAAGACUCGUACCGUGGGAACCAGCGAGCAAAUCUGCUUUAGCACUCAGAAGAGUCAACGGAGGGAGGGAGUAGGGAGGGCGGAAUGAAUGAUUGACGAAGACCGUAGAGAGCGAGGCCAGGCGAAACGAGGCGACACAAGUCCUCAAAAGGCGACGGUGAGUCGCACUUAGAUCGGAUGCGCUUGGAGGAGUCAACGAGGUGACACCCCACGCCACUCUCCACUCCAAUCCCCUGGCCCGACUCGGCCCCUGCUUCUCGGUCUCGGUCUCGUUCCGGCCCGGGCUGGCCUGGCCUGACAAGAAGAAAGAAGGUGACGACAAACGACAAAUUGCGCCCUCGACUUGAAUCGGAGGGAGAGGUGGCGAGCGUUGCGUCGGCCGGGAGGCGUGAAUGUCGAGCUUCCGAUAAUGCGCUUCUUCGGUGCCCUCGGUCACAUUCGGUAGAGUAAGCGAGCUGCGUCGAACGGGGAUGCCCUUCUCCCCACGGCCCGUGCCCAAUCUCUCGUCGUCCCGCCUCGCUUCCGCCGAUCCCCCUCGAGGCAGAGCGGAGCAGAGCAGGCCGGAGUAGCGCAUAGCGAAGGGGAGCUCGUGCAUCCCAGCCCAAGACGCCGAGGGCGCGAGCGAGCGAGCGGGGAACGAUGGCGGAGGGCGCUUACAUCGGAGCGAUCGACCAGGGGACGACGAGCACGCGGUUCAUGGUGUACAAUUCGAAGGCGCACAUAGUGGCCUCGCACCAGGUGGAAUUCACGCAGAUCAUGCCCGAGGCCGGAUGGGUCGAGCACGAUCCGAUGGAGAUUCUCGACACCGUGAGGGUGUGCAUGGAGGAGACGCUGAAGAAGGUCGGGCCCGAGGUGAUUGCAGGGCUGCGCGGCAUCGGCAUCACGAACCAGCGCGAGACGACGGUGGUCUGGAGCAAGAGCUCGGGGCGCCCGCUGCACAAUGCCAUCGUCUGGAUGGACGUGCGCUCGGCGCCCAUCUGCCGGCGCCUCGAGGCCGAGCUAACGGGCGGCGCCCGGCAUUUCGUGGCCACCGCGGGGCUCCCCAUCAGCACCUACUUCAGCGCCACGAAGCUGCUCUGGCUCAUGGACUCAGUGCCGCUCGUGCGCGAGGCCAUCGACCGCGGCGACGCGCUCUUCGGCACCAUCGACUCGUGGCUGAUCUGGAACUUAACGGGCGGGGCGCGGGGUGGCCUCCAUCUCACCGACUGCUCGAACGCGGCGCGCACGUUGCUCAUGGAUUUGAAAUCGCUGCAAUGGCACCGGCCGACGCUCGAGAGCCUGGGCAUCCCGCUGGCGCUGCUGCCGCGCAUCAUCAGCAACUCGGAGGUGAUGGGCGCGGUGGCCGCGGGCUGGCCGGCCGCCGGUGUGCCGCUGGCCGGGUGCCUGGGCGACCAGCACGCGGCGACCCUCGGGCAGCAGUGCAAGAAGGGGCACGCCAAGAGCACCUACGGCACCGGGUGCUUCAUCCUGCUCAACACGGGCGACGAGAUCGUGCCGUCCGAGCACGGGCUGCUGACCACGGUAGGGUUCAAGCUGGGCCGCGAAGCGCCGACCAACUACGCGCUCGAGGGCUCGAUCGCCAUCGCCGGCGCCGCGGUGCAGUGGCUUCGCGAUAACCUACAGCUGAUUUCCAAGGCGUCCGACACCGAGGCGCUCGCGGCCUCCGUGCCGGACACGGGCGGGCUCUACUUCGUCCCGGCCUUCGGAGGUCUGUUCGCGCCAUGGUGGCGCGACGACGCUCGCGGCGUGCUGGUGGGCAUUUCCCGCUUCACCGGCAAGGCGCACGUCGCCCGCGCAACGCUGGAGAGCAUGUGCUUCCAGGCGCGCGCCGUGCUGACGGCCAUGAAGUCUGACAUGAAGUCGCGUCACAAAGCCGGCGACGAGGAGUUCCUCCUGCGAGUGGACGGGGGCGCUUCUGCCAACAAUCUGCUGAUGCAGCUGCAGGCUGACAUUCUGGGCGCUGCCGUUCUGCGCCCGGCGGACAUCGAGACCACUGCCCUCGGGGCUGCUUACGCCGCUGGCCUGGCAGUGGGAGUGUGGACAGAGGAGCAGAUUUUCGAGGACAAUCAUGAAUUUGCCAAGCCCACCACGUUCACGCCUCAGAUCGACGAAGAGAGUCGGGAAAGACGGUACAAGUCGUGGAAUCUUGCCGUGGAAAGGUCCUUCGGCUUGGCCGAUUUGGCUCUGUAGGCAAACCCUCUGCACGAGCCCGACGCUGACAGUCUGUAAUAUAAUCCAUUCUUGUUGUUUCUUUUUCCUCCGAGGAGAAUACCUCUUGCGACCUCCGUUUGAUUCCAUGAAUAUUCGGCGAGGCUGAUCGUCGCAGGGGCAGCCAGUGCUGGCUUUAGGGUCGCUUUCCUGCACGAAUAGGCUCCCGCUGCGAGACAAGACUGUGAUUUGUACAUCGUCGAGCUGAUGUCCGUCCAGACCGAUCUGUUUGACUAGAUCGAGUGGCUGCAAGGACUGAGGGGAAUCUUCUAGGCAAGUUCUGCGGUGGGUUUGAUGCGUCAACCUUGUCCGUGACUCAUGUGACCUCUGUUCCAUCGACCCUGAUACCAGAUCCAAAAUGAGGUAAAGACCUGCAGUCUCUGAGCUAAGACCCAACUCGCAGAUACGUUUCUCAGUCUGAUGUACCUCUUCUUUUGCCAUGCACCUAUCGUGCCCCCAUCGUCCUGCAUAGGGGUACGUGGGAAGGGUGGAAACGCUAUCCUCUUGUUUACAGGCUCUGUCUGUCUGACUGCCUGGCAUCUUUUGUGGUUUACUGCGGGACGAGUGUCACGAGAAAGAGACUGCAUGUACUUGAUCUAUGAGGAAAUCAAACCCUCAUUCCGCAGGGGAUAAACCACAGUCAUCACACUCCAGAACCUUCGAAGAGAAGAAAGCUGCAGGAGAUAACCUUUCAGGCCUGCUCCCAACAUGUUCUUGCUGUUGCAAUCCAGCAUCACAGCUCACCAGGAAAAAGUAGCUGUUUAGUAGAUACAAAUGGAGAGGUUUCUCUAUGACUCGGAUCAAGUUUUGUAUAUUCUUACCUUUCCAAGCUCUGAUCAAUCUUCUAAGUUGGAAUCAUGAACAGAAACUCAUUGUUCGUGUUCUUCCCCACUGCCCAUCGUCUAUGUCUAGCGCACGACUUCACAAAUUGAAGUUUCUCACCAACAUCUCUCUGCUUUUGUCCUUUUGAGGCGUUAACGAUGUUCCGAAUUACUAGCUGAGGUUAGAACUGCCAAAAUGCUGAAACUAAUGCACCUUGACAGUACAAAGCACAGCGUCUGAAACUGGAAACUAUAGACAGUGCAGAGUUUCUGGAAAGUCUGCGACAUCAAGAGUUACUGUCAGUAAUGAGUGUAUGUUGUUGAGCGUCAAAUUUGUGCGGUAUAAUCACAUUGAAAAGCUGAAGGCAGUACUCUUGGAAAAGAAGACAAUAAGCGCGCUGUCCGAUUUUAGAUACUUCGGUACUUAGAUUCUGCUCUUGUACUAGUUCGUCAUAGAAAGUUCGUACACGGGUCAACUGUGCAGCGGUGGUCUGUCGGGCUGGGGAUGUUGUCGGAUAUAAUCGCAUAUGCUUGUGCAGAAUGGUCCAUAUCUGGGAACACCGACAUCUCAUGGUCCCCAGACACAUCAAACCAAGAAUCUGAAAGGAUCCCCUCAUCCUCCUUGCACUUCGAGUUUUGUGGUAAUGAAUUAAAUAGAUAAACUGAAAAAGCACUGACAGCUUAUGAAGCACAAGCCAUGUGAUUCAUGUGUCUUGCAGCAU